AAGAUUCUCCUCCUUCCCCUGUAGAUUUCCCCGUACGGUGCAAAAAUCAAACCACUCCAGUCCGCACUCGCACCCUCUUUUUGUCUCUCCAACGAUUAGUUUCAAUUUUCUCUCUGCAGCAAAGGUAGAAUUGAACAAGUCAUGGCUUCCUCUUCCUCGGACCAUGCCGCCAAACCUGAAGAGACAGGCGGUGGAGAAAGUUCUGAAGCGCCGCCGCCGCCGCCGUUGGGAAGUGAUCAGCUUUUGCUCUAUAGAGGGUUGAAGAAAGCUAAGAAAGAGAGAGGAUGCACGGCGAAAGAGCGCAUCAGUAAAAUGCCCCCUUGCACGGCCGGCAAGCGCAGCUCCAUUUAUCGAGGUGUUACCAGGCAUCGAUGGACUGGUCGUUAUGAAGCACAUCUUUGGGAUAAAAGUACCUGGAACCAAAACCAAAAUAAGAAGGGAAAGCAAGUUUACUUGGGUGCAUAUGAUGACGAGGAAGCAGCAGCGAGAGCCUAUGAUCUAGCCGCUCUGAAAUAUUGGGGCCCUGGGACACUAAUUAAUUUUCCUGUGACAGAUUAUACUAGGGACCUCGAGGAAAUGCAAAACGUCUCGAGGGAGGAUUAUCUAGCAUCCCUUCGGAGGAAGAGUAGUGGUUUCUCUAGGGGCAUCUCCAAAUAUCGCCCCCUUUCCAGUCGAUGGGAUUCACAAUUUGGUCGUACGCCUGGAACUGACUACACCAAGAGUGCACUCUAUGGUGCAGGUGAUGAGAUGACUACAGGAAGUGAAUAUGCUGGUGGUUAUAGCGCUGACAGGAAGAUUGAUUUGUCAAAUUACAUCAAAUGGUGGGGACCAAAUAAAUCUAGUCAGACUGAUUUUCGGUCAAAAGCAUUAGAUGAAACAAAUAUUGGAGGUCCUGAUGAUGUUGCUAGUGAACUUAAAUCUCUGGAAUGGUCAAUCAAGCCCACUGAACCCUAUGAAAUGCCGCGUCUGGGUGUGUCUCCAGAAAGAAUGAAGCACAAAAAGAUAUCUGCUAUGAGCAUUUUGUUGAAGUCAGCAGCAUACAAGAGCCUUCAGGAGAAAAUCUCGAAAAAGAAAGAAAAGGAUGAGAAUGAUGAGAAUGAAAACAAAAAUAAUACUGACAAAGUUGAGCUUGGGAAGGCAGCUGAUAAAUCAUGUCAUGAUGUUGGAAGUGAGAGACAUAGUGCUGCAUAUGGGAUAAGUGGAGGAUUACCUAUUCAUAGGAAUAUGUAUCCGUUGGCUCCUCUUCUGUCUGCUCCACUUCUCACCAGUUACAAUAGUAUUGACCCAUUAACUGACCCCAUCCUUUGGAGUUCUCUCGUUCCAGUUCUUCCUACUGGAUCAUCACGGACGAACGAGUAGCCAUUGAAGAUAUGAUUUUGCAUGAAAAGUUGGGACAAUUGCAUACAGGUCACAAAAAAUGAAUCAAGCUCGGACUAUACUUUCUUCCAGCAAGGAGAGUAGCGUGAAACUUCCCUGUUCUCCAGAAUGAAUGUGGAACCGGAUCCUUCUUGAGGUCUAUUGAUGAGUAAAGUGGAGUAUUGGACAUGUUUAGGCUCAAGACUAUGUGGUGCAUCCGGAAUCAUGUACAAAAGUGCCUUCCAGUGCCCGUUAUGAUAGUAGCUAAUGGGGAAGCAGAAUUCGGAGAAAUAUUUGGAGAUGUGUGUAUCUUGGAGAUGUGAAUUCUGGAAUGUUCCCUUUAUAUGUUUGACCUGCUGAGGAUGUAGAGAGGUCGCGUUUCUCGGCUUGCAGACAAUGUAGGCAGAGGGGACAAGAUCUUCUGUUUUUUGCUCUCCUGACAUAGUACAUUUUUAUCUUUUUCUUUUUGGGUCCUUUUCUAUCUUGUGUGACAUUAUAGUUGUCCAUUUUCACACGAUAGUAUUAAAGUUCAUUACUUCACUGUAUAGGUAUUAUCUUAAGAAAUCGAAUAGAACCAUAGAGUCUCCUUUACAUUGUGUAUUAUAUGUUUAGAAUUCUUUUAUCAUCUUUUUGUAGCAGUGGAAGAAAA